UCUGUGUGGGGUCGGAGUGGGUUCUGUGUGGGUUCUGUGUGGGGUCGGAGUGGGUUUUCUUUCCCUUUAUCUAGUCUUUUUGCUGGAUGGCUGGAAUUCACUCGUUUUGGAGAGUCUGCACCUGUCCACCAGGGGGCGCAGCAUGAAACACUGAGGAAGUAAAAGGAAGGGGUCUGGACGGCCUCUUUACACCUCGAACCACGGAAAAUUCAACUGCGUUGGUAUUGGCCGGCCCUGCAGGCUCCGCCCCCGUGUACAUGCAGCUGUGGUUCAUGCUAUUGAUGGCGGCUGUGGCUUUGAUCCUAUUUGGGAUUUCGUUGGGCGUCGGCCUGCACAGAGCUCUGUCCCGCCCACCGUAUGCCCGGGAACGCCCCCCUCUCAUCCCCCUGCCCCUACAGCCCCGCAGCCCCCGGGGCAUUUACCCCCCCAGCAACGCCUACCUGUUUGACACGGUUCCAGAUGCGAGCAGUUCACCAAACACUGUCACACUGAAAGCCUUCACCAUGCACAUGGAGGAAGUGAUCGACAGGAAAGUCGUGGAAAAUGGCGACGGCACAACAGAGAGUCAGAUAGGGGUCGUUACCGUGUCAACGGUCCACAUGUCCUCUCAGGAUAUUACCCAGAAUCCUUUGCGGCGCAGCGUGAGUCAGAUGAUUGACAGGAAGGUGGGGGAGGGGCAGGACGACGUCUGGGACCCACAAUUUAGAGCUCACGACAGCGGAAUGUUCGAUGAGGAGUUCGUCGACACCAUUAAAGGUUUCAGCACCGUGAGGAAAGAGCACACCAUGUUCACCGACACCAACCUCUAACCCCUGACCUCUGACCCGAGUGUCCAGGAGCAUGUUCAGAGACGCAGGAAUGAAGAAACGCGUCGAAGCGGAGAAAACACGGAGCGUGACGUCAGCGCACACGGACACGCCGUCUCGUCCAAUCAGAGCGCGAGGAAAUGUAAAAACGAGGGAUCUCACAGCGUGAUAAUGUCAUCACGUGUAAAAAAAAAGUGAACAAUAUAAAGAUAUAAAUUAUGAUUUGUAUCUUUAUAUCUAUUAUGAAUAAAUAAAUAAAUAAAUAAAUAAAUAAAUAACUGUGGAUUUAAUCUAACUAAAAAUCUUUAAUUUAUCUUAAAGAAGCAGUGAAUGUGUUUGUAAUAGUGUAAUAACUGUGUAAUAACAUGUUUAAUAGUAAAUGUUCUUCGAUUUAGAGCAAAUUUGGUGUUUAGUAAACACACAUGAAGAAAAUAAAGCUAACUAUAAUUUAGCUUAGGAUUAUUAGCAUUAGUAAUGCUAGCUGAUCCCAUUGAGAUUUUAUUCCAAUAAAAACAAUUUUGUUUUGUUUUUCUUUUAAAGCUGAUUUAUAUUUCACACUAAGUAAGAAUUAUAUCAUUUUGGCUGAAUCAUUAAUAAACUUUAGUCAGGAAACUGCUAAAUCUUUUCUGCUAAUCCCCGAGUUAGCGUUAGCAUUAGCGUUAGCGAACGUUAGCUAACUAGUUUUCCUUUAUAAAUAAAUAAACACAAAGCAUUUGUAGCUCCUGGAAUCAUGUGUUUUACUCACAAAUAACCAGAAUGUGUUUUAAUAAUGAAUAUUUAAAAGCUUUAUAUUUGUAUUUUAUGCUAAUUUACCUCAGAAUCUGCACUGCAUUGUGCUAGCAAGGCUAAUUCUACUACAGGAUGUAGUGACCACAAGACUUUCAGUGACUAGACAAAGAGAUUAAAAUCCAGAAUUUGUCUACAAAUGCUAAUUUUGUUCUUUUAUAAACAAGUAAAUAAAGAAACAAACCAAUUCCACAACACUUUUUAGCAUGUUAGCAUUUAUUUCAGAUGCAUCAUGAGGCACAAAAACAUUUCUACUGUUACAGAACAUGGUUAUAAAACUAAAUAAAUUAAUGACUAUGAGGUAACGCUGCUUUAAAAAUAACUUUUUACGUAUAAAAUGUC